AAACUCUCUCUCUCUCUCUCUCUCUCUCUAACACACUAACACACACACACACACGCUCCACAUCCCCCUCCUCUUCCUUGGGCCUCCGGAUCCACUCCGGAUUUUUCACUGUCACAGAUGGAGGUCGCGCGUGUUCCCGGUGUGGAGACGGCGAGCACUGAGUGAAUCGGUGUGGAGGACGUGUGCGACCAUGCCGUAAUGUUUCCGCUACGUCAAGAGCCUUUAUAGCGACACACACAGACACGCACGCACAAGCGCGCGUGGAGGUCUUCGCUUGUUUCCACCUGUAAGAUGGAAGAGAAACAGCAGCAAUAAGAUGGGCAGAAUCAGCGCGCGCGUAACUGCUCGGAUUGUCGUUUUCCCACCGAGACUAUUAUUGCUAGUGCCGCUGUUGCUGCUCGCGCUCUACACAGGCUGCAGUCACGCCAUGCCGCACGUCCUGAGAUUCGGAGGGAUUUUUGAGUCUAUUGAGAGUGGCCCUUCAGGUGCUGAGGAACUGGCCUUCAAAUUUGCACUGAACACCAUCAACAGGAACCGGACCCUGCUGCCCAACACCACGCUCACCUACGACAUCCAGAGGAUCAAUGUCUUUGACAGCUUCGAGGCCUCAAGGAAAGCAGCUUGUGAGCAACUCUCUUUAGGUGUUGCAGCCAUAUUUGGACCAUCUCACAGUUCCUCAGCCAAUGCAGUGCAGUCCAUCUCCAAUGCCCUAGGAGUACCACAUAUCCAGACCAGAUGGAAACACCAAGUUUCAGAUAAUCGCGAUUCAUACUACGUCAGUCUCUAUCCUGACUUCUCCUCCCUCAGCCGCGCCAUCCUGGAGCUGGUUUAUUUCUUCAGGUGGGAGACAGUUACAGUGGUGUACGACGACAGCACGGGUUUGAUUCGUCUGCAGGAGCUGAUCAAAGCUCCCUCCAGAUACAACAUCCGCCUGAAAAUCCGCCAGCUCCCUGCAGAGACUAAGGAUGCCAAACCACUUCUUAAAGAGAUGAAAAAAGCGAAAGAGUUUCACGUCAUCUUUGACUGUGGCCAUGAGAUGGCUGCAUGGAUACUCAAGCAGGCUCUCUCUAUGGGGAUGAUGACAGAGUAUUAUCACUACAUCUUCACAACACUGGAUUUGUUUGCAUUAGACAUGGAGCCGUAUCGCUUCAGCGGCGUGAACAUGACCGGCUUUCGGAUCCUAAACACGGAGAGUGCGCAGGUGUCUUCGAUCGUAGAAAAGUGGUCCAUGGAGAGACUUCAGGCGCCUCCGAAGCCCGACUCAGGACUGCUGGAUGGAUUCAUGACGACAGAUGCAGCUCUGAUGUAUGAUGCAGUGCAUGUUGUAGCAGUAGCUGUGCAGCAGGCGCAGCAGAUCACUGUGAGCUCUCUACAGUGCAACCGACACAAACCCUGGCGCCUCGGUGGGAGGUUCAUGAGCCUCAUUAAAGAGGCUUCGUGGGACGGUCUGACCGGACGAGUUCUCUUUAACAAAACCAAUGGCUUGAGAACAGAAUUUGAUUUAGAUGUGAUCAGUCUGAAGGAGGAAGGACUGGAAAAGAUUGGCACAUGGGAACCUCUGAAUGGCUUAAACAUAACAGAGCAACACAAGAGUAAAGGGGUCAAUGUUACAAAUGCUUUGUUCAACAAAUCACUGAAGGUUGCCACUAUUCUGGAAGAACCCUAUGUGAUGUUUAAAAAGUCGGAUAAGCCUCUCUGUGGCAAUGACCGCUUCGAGGGCUUUUGCGUGGACUUGCUGCGUGAGCUCGCCGCUAUUCUAGGAUUCCGUUAUGAGAUCCAGUUGGUGGAGGACGGGAAGUAUGGAGCAGUAGAAGAGAGCACAGGCCAGUGGAACGGCAUGGUGCGAGAACUUAUAGACCAUAAAGCAGAUCUGGCAGUGGCUCCCUUGGCGAUAACAUAUGUGAGGGAGAAGGUGAUCGAUUUUUCAAAGCCCUUCAUGACUCUUGGCAUCAGCAUCCUGUACCGCAAACCCAAUGGCACAAACCCUGGCGUCUUCUCCUUCCUCAAUCCCCUUUCCCCUGAUAUCUGGAUGUAUAUUCUGCUGGCUUGCUUGGGUGUCAGUUGUGUGCUGUUUGUCAUAGCCAGGUUCAGCCCAUAUGAGUGGUAUAAUCCUCAUCCCUGUAACCCUGACUCUGACAUGGUGGAGAAUAACUUCACUCUGCUAAAUAGUUUCUGGUUCGGAGUUGGGGCUCUCAUGCAACAAGGGUCUGAACUGAUGCCCAAGGCUCUGUCUACCAGAAUAGUUGGAGGAAUCUGGUGGUUCUUUACCUUGAUCAUCAUUUCAUCAUACACAGCAAACCUCGCUGCCUUCCUCACUGUGGAGAGAAUGGAGUCUCCUAUUGACUCAGCUGAUGACCUGGCUAAGCAGACCAAGAUCCCCUAUGGUGUAGUUGAAGAUGGAUCUACCAUGACAUUCUUCAAGAAGACAAAGAUCUCUACUUAUGAUAAGAUGUGGGAGUUCAUGAACAGCAGGAGGCAAUCUGUGAUGGUAAAGAGUGUAGAAGAGGGCAUCCAGCGAGUGCUGACUUCUGACUAUGCAUUCCUCAUGGAGUCCACCACAAUUGAGUUUGUCACUCAGCGCAACUGUAAUCUCACCCAGAUUGGAGGCCUCAUCGAUUCCAAAGCCUAUGGAGUGGGAACACCUAUGGGCUCUCCUUACCGAGAUAAGAUCACUAUAGCGAUCUUGCAGUUGCAAGAAGAAGGGAAGCUUCACAUGAUGAAGGAGAAAUGGUGGCGAGGAAAUGGUUGUCCGGAAGAGGAAAGCAAAGAGGCGAGUGCACUGGGAGUGCAAAACAUCGGGGGUAUCUUCAUCGUGCUGGCUGCAGGCUUGGUCCUCUCUGUUUUUGUGGCUGUGGGGGAAGUGCUAUACAAGUCCAAACAGAAUGCACAGAUGGAGAAGCGAUCGUUUUGUAGUGCCAUGGUGGACGAGCUAACAGUGUCUCUGAAGUGCCAGCGGAGACUCAAGCAAAAACCUCAGCCUCCCACCAUUGUCAAAACUGAGGAAGUGAUAAACAUGCAUACCUUCAAUGACAGAAGACUGCCAGGAAAAGAGACCAUGGCUUGAGGGUCAUCACUUCCCUGCCUCUCUCCCCUCUCAGGGAGGUGUGAGAAAGUGUGGGGCAAGAGAGAGAGCCUGGGGCAGGAAUCAAUUCCGCAAUGCCUUUGGGUCCACCUGGACCAACCCAGCUCUCGUCCUCAGAGAUGUUUCCUGUGGAAAUCCAGAUACCUGGGCAAAAUAGAUCUGUAAACCUUUACGGAACUGCAUAGCAAAUAUAUCAGCUUAAAGUCUCUUGCUAUGCCUCACACUGUUAGGAACAUAAGAAUGAGAUUUUACUACUUGUUCUUACUGUACCAAUAUCCAUUCCAGUAGAUGUUCCACAUCUCCCUGGAUGGAGAGCCUCAGAGUUUGAAUAAUACCAUUUUAUAAUAGUUCCAUUUAUCAAAUUCAGUUUGUGUUAUGUCUGUUUUUAACCCUGAUUUCUGUAUAAAAAAUGAAGAGGACUUUGAAUGGGACUUUGAAAAAAUUGACAUUGAAUGUGUAUGAAAGUUGUUUAGGCAAAAGCAACUUUUUAGCUAAACAUACCCUAAGCUACAGUGGCCUCAAACUGCAAAAUGCAUUAACGAACCAAAAACACAACAUUACUGCUGGAAACACACUCGUUUUACAUGGUGUCUGAGAUCAUAUAUAUUUCACCAGUAUGUUUUCCAGUUAGUUAAGUUUAUUAUGAUAUUAGAGUAACAGGAUUAGUGUAGAAUUAAUUCUUGCUUUUGUUUGACCCAGCUUUCUUUAGGGGGGGUUUCAGUAUUUCUAAGAAUAGCUUACAACUCCAGGGUUGGGGGUUUGAUUUCGACCUCUGGCCAUGUGUCUGAGGAGUUUGCAUGUUCUCCUUGUGCAUCAGGGGUUCCCUCUGGAAACACCAGUCCAAAGACAUGCUUUAUGGGCUGAUUGGCAUCUCUAAAUUGGCUCGAGGUUCCCCAUGAUCCACUAGGAUUAGCAGUAUACAGAAUGGAUGGAUGGAUGGAUGGCUGGCUGGCUGGCUGGAUGGUUGGAUGGAUGGAUGGAAGCAUCAGUAAGCUCAUAAUUCCUCUUACUGUAAACUUCUAGCUUUUCAUUUUCCACAUUUGUUUUCAAACUAAUGCACACUGUAGUAACAAGCAUGUGAUGUUUAAUACGGAACUACUGUUUUUGUUUUUGGUUAAUGCUGGCCUGUUUUUGGUUUUGCUGCCAUGUUUACGCAUUUGUUUUUCAGGUUGUUGUGAUUUCUGAUUUGUUGUCCGUGUUUUUUGGUUUGUUAAUAUGUUUUGCACUUACAGGACACUGUACUAGCUAUUCGUGAGCUACACCUUGUAUGUUUAGUCGUCUUCAGACAUGGGAAAAGCUAAUAAAUAAGUAUGUCCUGAGAGAUUUCUGGCUGACACAAAAGAUUGUAAAACAGCAAAUGUUGUAGUUGUUGUAUGAACUAAACGGACAAUUGAAGCUUAAAUUUGAUUGUAAUUUGACUGCUUUUUUUCACUGGCAUGAAUGGAAACAUCAUAAAAUUGUACUGGAAUCUUUUCA